AUAUGAGUAACCAUUAGGUAACUGUAGAUGACAAGGACGUAAAAUGAAAUUCUUGGCAGUGAUUUUAUGUAUUCAGUAUUUUACAUUGGUAUAUUCUUCUGGACAAUAUUUACUUUCUUCUUCGUACUUUAUUAAACAAGGGCAUGUUUCCGAAACCACGGAUCUAGAUGUUUUCGCGGUUCACAAACUCGAAAUUCCGUCUGUUGUAGAGUGUGCAUUGCAGUGUGGAAUGAACUUCCUUUGUAACGCCUUUGACCUUUGCUUUCUUAAAGGUUUCUACAUUUGUCGAUUCCGCAGUGGACACGCAAACCUUACAAACGCCACUACACAAUGUGAACUUUUUGAAAAUACAACUAACAUAAACUGCCACAAUGGAGCACUCUUUGGAGCUCAAGGACCGUGUGAAAUCAUUCUGCUGAACAUCGCAUUAGGUAAACCUGCCACACAGUCAACAACAUUUAAAGACUAUAACGCCACGCAUGCAGUGGAUGGCAACAGAGGAACAGAUAUUAUUGUAGACAAGUGUACAGCUACAGGUAGUGGCGACAGAUAUCCGUGGUGGAGGGUGGAUCUGCAGGCUGUGUAUAACAUCACAUCUGUCAGAAUACUCAACAGAGGAAUAGACCAAUUCGGAACAGAUUUGUCAUCCCGGCUACGUGAUGUUACCGUCACUGUAGGGCUGAAAGAAUCAGUUUUAAACACUCCUUGUGGUUUCUUUGCUGGUCCCGGUACCGCGUCACAGCUGGUAGUCAUCGACUGUUCGACGUCACCACAAGGAAGAUUCGUUAAGAUCUCCAAGACAACUGAAUUUCUCACUCUUUGUGAGGUUGAUGUGUUUGGCGUCCUUGUCUAAUAUCUAUUAAAGCCGAUGACUAAGCUGAAUUGUUGCCGACUUCAGAUACAUGUAUAUGUUUGCGCAUCCUGAAGAAUUGAUUAUCUGUUCCUAUAUAAUGUGACUUUUCAAAUCGCUUCAAGUUAAAAUUCUACAGCUGUUGCCCUAUUUAUACCUAUACAUGUAUAUGUUUUUGCUUUUAAUGUUACAUGUCUGACUUAUUAAUAAUGCUACUUACAUUGGAUAUAACUGUGAAGCUUGUUAAUGUACCUUUAUAUAUUUAAUUCAACAUUU